AUGAGACUUGUGCCCUCGGAUCCUAAUCAAUUAGAUACACUGUUUUCGGUAUUUUGUGAAUGUGCUGAACUAAAUCCUGGGCCCAUUGAAGAAGAAGAAGAAGUAGAACACAAUUGGGUUUUUAGUGUUGAUCAGUUUGAAGAUGUGGCUUCAGAUGAUGAGGAUUCUGACUUGGUUGUCGCUCUAAAUCAAACCCAUUCAAUUAGUGCUAAUGGGAAUCAUGACAUAGCACGUUCAGUGCUUCAGUUUCAAAUUAGUGAUCGACGGUUUGAGGAUGCUGAAGAAAUGAAGAGUGAUGAUAAAAAUGGCUACCACUGA